GCCGUUAGUUGUGACUGUUAUGACAGUAACUAAGGAAAAAUAGAAUUAACCUAGUAACGUAACAAAUCAAGAUAACCUUUAGUUUCACAACUUCGACAGACCAAUAUCAAAAUUAUUUAUUGUAAAUAGUGUGAAAAGCAACAUGAAAAUACGUUAUAAAGCCGUAGAUCAUUCGCCCGAUGUUUACCGACAGGCCAAUGGAUCAUAUUCUUUUAAAAAAACUAGGAUGGUUAUCUGGAAUCAUUGUCUUCGGAAUACGAGUAAAGGUGACUCUAGAAAGAAACCGAUAAAAGACGAUAUUCAAGCUCUUGAUUAUCUUCCAAAGAAUGAUUUACAAAAUUUACAUUUACUUAAUACAAAGCUUCUUUCAGCUAUUUAUAAUGAUUCACAAUUACGAAAAGAUGAGCAAAAUAAUUUCAUGAAAAUUAUCUCUCAACUAAGUGAGGUUGUAAAGGAAUUGAAAGAUCAAAACAGUAUUAACAAUAUGAUCAAGAAAUCUAAUGAUUUAACUUUGGAACCGCAAGCUUUGACUAUCGAAUGUCAGUACGGAACGACUAUAUCUCCUAGACUGAGCCCUCAAAGAACAAAUGCUGAGAGAGACUGUGAUAUCAAUACGAACCCAUUGGACCUUAAAGAUGUUCAAAAUUUAAUGUCAGCCUGGGAACAGGUUUCUAAUGAAAGUAAAGCCAUUGAUUCGAACCCAACAUCUGUACCUGGUUCUGUCCAUUCCUUGAACAGUCUUUAUUAUGAAAAAUCUGAACGGAACUUUAAAUUGAGUAGAGAAAAGAGUAAAACCAUCACUAAAAAACUUCAGAAUAAAAUUUUUCAAGACAAAUUGAAAAAUCUUUCCUUGAAAUUGAGAAGCCAAGGAAAGUACCUGUCUAAAACGAGAGGUGUCUUAAAGCAAUUUCAAGAACAAGGAAAAUCUAUUGCUUCAGUGGUAGAAGACAUUAAGCAUGACCAAGAAAAAGAAAAGUUUGUUCUUGAAACAUUAAUUAACAGGAUAGAAAAAAUGGCCAAGAAUGAUGAAUUGGUGAAUGGACAGACAAAUGAGAUAAAGGAUCUUGAAGAGCGGAUUGCCAGAAUAGAAUCCAGAUUAACUGAAAACAACGGCCGUAUUGUUCAUAAGGAUAAGGAAAUAUAUAAAUUGAUGGAAGAACUGAAACAGGCAAACUUAGUGAAAGAUGAAUAUCAAAGUAAAAAUACUCAAUUGAACAAAGAAAUCUCCGAUUGUUUUAUAAGACUAGCUUCCAAUAAGAAACAGAUCGAUGAACUUAAAGAAUCUAUUAGAAAAGAAAGGGCACUCAACGACAGUAUCAAACAGACUUAUGAAAUAAACCUUAAAAAUGUAGUUGGUAACGCUGUCCAAGAGCAGAGGCAAAUCAUUCAAGAAAUAAAAACAUCGUUUGAUAAUAACAUUGCAUCACUCCAGACUGAAAAUUCUGAAUUGAAAGCAAAAAUAUAUCAAUUAGAGGAAGAUGGCAAGAGGAUUUGCAAUGAUUCCAAAAUACGAGUUGUGAAAGCAAAAAAGCAGCUUUACAGCCAAGCUACUGUUGCCUCCCAAAAGCUAAUUAAAGCUGAUGGUAAAAUAAAAGAGUUCUACUAUACUGUUGAGAAACUAAUGAAAGGAAUUUACUAUCGGCUUUAUGAAGCUGAAUUAGAGCAGAUCAAAAGGAAAUGCCACGAAGAAGGUGGAGUUCAAGCUGCCUCUUAUAUUUUAGGAGUUUCUGCAACACAAAUGUCUAGAGUUUUAGCGGCUGGAUCUGUUCCGAGUCUCCAUGAAUGGAUGGAGUGUUGCAAACGGCUGGUAUAUAAGGAAAAAUUUGCUGAAGACCUGGCUGGUUUUAUUCUUUCUCUCUUCUGGCCUAUUUUACCAAAAGAUUUUGCAAAAGGUACUGGAGACAAUUCAUGAGCUUAUCUGAAAAAAAAAAUAAGAAUAAAGUAGACAGAUCUGAAUUCCUGUUGAACCUAAAUCUGUCAGGCUUGAUAAAAAAAAUAAUAAAGCAAUAAUUAUUAAAAUUAUUCAUUUAUUUAAAAUUUAGUAUUUAUGUAAAUGACAAUUAAAUAUAUUAUAGAAACUAACCAGACAAAAUAAUUUCAAUAAAAUUAAUUACAAUUGUAAUACACUACAAUAUCGACUGAAAUACAUAAAAGCUUACUUUAUCAUUCGUUGUUUAUGAGACAAUAUUUUAGGUUAAAAUAUUUUAUCUGAAAACAUAACUAUAAAAUAUUUUAGUUUUAAAUUUUGUGUAAACAUUAAAACUAAUUAAAAUAAAUAAACUGUCUACAUCUUUAUCAAUUGUUACUAAAACCUACGUUCCAAACAUCGAUAAAAAUAAACUUGUUUAAUGACAUUAAAAUUAUUAUAUAAAUAGUUGACUGCUAUGAGAAAUCAUUAUAAAGAUAUUGGGAGAUCGAUAUACAAGACAAACACUUUGCAUCUCAUUGCUUGAAUGUCCUUUCAAAGCUAGAAAUAUCAGAACUCUCUGAAGAGGAAGGCGGAUUCUGUGUUGUAGUCGAUGAAACAGGUGGGGCUUGUGUGGAAAGGGGGUGUUGAGGCCUUAAGUCAAGAGGUCGGACUUCGAUGGGUUGACGUACAACAGUAAAUGGCUGAGGUGGAAGAGUAUCCUGGCGAUAUGGCUGUUCGUAAUACCUAUAAGGAUCAACCUGGUUUCUGUUAUC